AUGGCUGACGUCGAGAUGGAGGACAAGACGGCGCUGGACGACGCCACGGAGCGCAAGAAGGCUCUGUUGGUGUACAAGACCAACCUCCAGUCGGCCUCGGACGACGACGACGACGCCUCAGACGACGACGAGGAGGAGGACGAGGCCUCGGCAGGCAACGCGGGGGUUGCUCCGCCGCCCGCGGGGGCCGAAGAUCACGACAUGGAGCUGCCUCGAGUCCCAGUAAAGCAAAACGGAGCGGGCGGAGAGGAGGAAGACGAGGUGGACGUGGACGAGGACGAGGAGGGCAGCGUGCAGGUGGAGAAGGACGACGACGAGUCGAUCAACGCGCCGUCAGACGACGAUCUGGACAGCACGGCCACCCCGAGGCGCUCAGAGACCGACGAAGACGACGAUGAACAUUUCAAGAGUGCGGCCUCAUCCAAGGCGCCGUCCCCCGAGGUGGACGAGAAGAACAGCCAGCAGCUGCAGAAGAAGAUGCCGGCACACAGCGAGACGGAUUCGGCCUCGGAGAUGACCGUGAAUCGCGCUCCAUCGCCCAGCCCCAGUAAUGCCAGCAUUCAGCACGUGGACGAUUCCACGACGCUGACGCUCAAGUCGGGCACGUCCAAUGUAGGCGCGAUCAUUGCUGCGCGACGUCGGACUGUCGCGCGAAAAGAGUGCGAGGUUUGUCACGAGCCUCGCAAUGGAAGACGCGCACUUUUGUGUGUGCAGUGCAAGUGUAUGUAUCACACGAGCUGCUUCCGCCAACAGUUCUCCAAAAUGGUGGUCCAGGGAUCCAAUCGUCAGUGGUAUUGCCCGGAUUGCGAGCCGGCUGCCAAGAACGCAUCGGCUGAGAAACAACCCGCCAGCACACCACGCAAGCAACAGCGUAGCGAUGCUGCUGCCAAGGGUCGCGGCAGUCGCGGCUCCAAGCCCUCCUCUGCAAGCCGAGGCAAUGAUGACAAAGCUGGAGUAGCGGGUGGGUUAACAGGUGGUGCAGCGGAGUCCGAGGUGCAGCGGUUGACAGACCUCGCAUUGCGAGGCGGCAAGAACAUCAACGCUACAAUUCUAGAGCAAACUGGGGAAAUGCUACACAUCACGCAGUCUCUAACUAAGGAGAUCAACAGCGUAAUGGGCCCCACGUGGCUUGGCAACUCUGACAGCAAUGCUGACAACAACGGCAACGUCAAGCAGGAGACGCAGGUAUCUUCCCCACCGCCGCCCCCGUUCGUGCUGGUCCCUACUUCGUCUUCAGCCCACUCGUCUGCUGUCACAUCUUCUCAGGUUGUUGUUACAAACGAUACUGCUGCACGUGCGGACGGCAGCAAUGGCAGUACUGCUUCAUGGAACGGCUCAGCCGCAUCAACCGUCUCGGAGAAAGAUGUCAUGUUGCGCCGUGUACACAACGGUUUGGACUCCUUAAAACAGCUCCUAGAGCAACUACAGGUUGCAGGAAUCCAGUUUGAGGUGGAUUUUAUUAAGGAGAUUAAGGCUACUCCGAACCAAGACCGCAAGCCUGCGUCCAGCGGUGGGGCUCGAAAGGCCCAGGGUGCAACAGGAACGGCAGGCCGAUCGGCAUCGGGCUCAAAGGGAAAGAGUGGUGCGAGCCGAUUGUAUUCUUCAAAACAGAUCCAGAAGCUGGAGGAGUGGUACCAGCGGUCGUCUCGGCCGGAGUCCAGCGAGAUUCACUCGAUGUACCGCAUCAUUAACUGCCCUGACUAUGCGGAUCCAGAGCUGCAGCCUGAAGGUAUCUCGGUGAAACAAAUCCGCAUCUGGUUCGACAACCGACGCGCCAAAGAACGCCUCGACUACAUGCGCUUGAAGAUGAAGGACAUUUCAACAACCGACAUGGAUGCCGACAGUGUGAAAAAGAUGAAGGCAGCGUAUAUCGACGAGGCCAAGGAAGUGCUCGAGGCGCGUGUGUCGCGCAUGCGUGAAAAUGGACAAGGAUCGGGUCAUGUGGUCGACGAAGCGGAUAUGGCUCUGAUUGCGAACAGUGCGGAGCCUAUGCAUGGUAAACCUCCCAAAGCAAGUCCAUCCGGUGCGGGGAAAUUGAGCAGCGGCUUGCUGACCGCAAGCAAAGAUGGAAUGGAGAGCUCUAAGCCCCCCGUUUCAACUGGAUCCAGCAUUCAGAAGAAGCGCAUUCGAAUUGAUUACGUUGCUUCUGUGAGGAAGGCCAUCAAGGACGCGCGUGACGCUGGCAAAAGCGAGGAGGAGACCAAAGCGUUGCGCACUGCAGCGAUUGAGCGCGCGCGAGAAAGGCUGCAUGUUCCUUACAAGAAUGCGCGCACGGGACCCUCGAAGCCCCUGGGUAAGGAUGAAGUGUCGCACAUCAAGCUAAAAAUGCUGAAGUUGCUGGAGGAAGAUGCCCCUGCUGAAGAGCUUACCGAUAUUAUCGAGUUGUUGCUGUCUCUCGUUAUCCCGCGCGCCGUUCUAAUUGAGUCGGGUAUUCAGCGGCAGUUGGAGCUGAUACUCAUUGCUCACAAGGACAACAAAGAGCUUGUGCGACAGACGAAAAAGCUCCAAGAAGAGUUUCAAUCAAUUGUGGAACAUGGCGAUGCUCCGAGCGUCGUAGCAGCAAUGGCUGGGGAUGUGAACAGCAGCAGCGGCAAGAAGCGCAAGGAAAAAUCCAGAUCGCUACUCCUAAGUGUUGACACAGAAUCGUUGCCUGGAACUCCGGGCUCUUCUCCAAGUUCAGGCCCAACGCCGUCCCCAGAGUCGCGGCGGCCGCGUGUUAAGUUUUCGCUCGCUCAGCUGAUGAAGUUGGAGAAAUAUUUCCACAAAGAGGACACGCCAAGCAAAAAGAAAUUGGACAAAAUUGCCGCGCGACUGAACGGCAUUGCGUCCCUUGAUCCAUCAAGUGACGCUGCACAGAGGUCUAUUGACUACAAACAGAUUCGCUGUUGGUUCUACAAGAGGCGGUCGGCGAACCAGCCCCCUCAGGCGCUCAGUGGCGCGGAUCUUCAUAUGGACGACGCCGAUUCUAGCUCCUCCAGCUCAAGUGAUACUGAGUCUGAUGACGACAAAUCGGAGAAGGGGUCGAAGUCUCGUGCGAAGGCAAAACCGAAAUCCUCGGUGCCCACUCCUGGUGGUUCUGGCUCGAAGCGUAAAGCGCCUCAAAGUGACGACAAAAGCGCUGCCAAGCGACCCAAGAAAGAUACGCCUGUCGCUCAGCCUGCCCCACUUGGAUCAAUUAGUUCACCGAAUGCAGAGGCAGCUUCUCUCAAGAGUGACGACGAAUUAGCCGGCAACUUGCAGGCAGGGCGGAUCUUUAACGUGAAGCAGCUUGCGACGAUCAUCGAAGAGUACGAAAAGAAUCCGCGACCGACGGUGGCUCGACUGGAGGAACUAGAGAAGGUGCUGAACCAAGAUGAUCAUACAGACGAGCUGUCCGUUAGCGCAACUGGCGUGACGAAGCAGCAGAUCAAGACGUGGUUUUCUAACCGGCGCGCGAAGGAGCGUCUUGAUCUCAUCAAAAUGAAGAUCAAGGAGACUCGAGGGGGCGUCCAGGCCACUGGCUCUGAUACUGAGGAUGACGAGCGUGAAGACUCGGAGUCGAAGCCUGUGGCUGUUUUGCAAGCCGGACAUGCUGCUAACACUAUUGCCGGGAACGUCGCUUCUGGUGAGAAGCGGACACUCGUCACGGAUGAUGAUCCUGAUGAGGCAGAAGAUAUGAAAGUUGAUGCAUGA